AAGGCAGUUGUUUCCUUCACCUGCUUGCUGGAAAUUGGUUGCUGUACUCGCUUGAUCCGCCAGCAGCAAGCGCUUUUCCGGCCGAGGGGAUUUCCUGACGACUUUUAGCCUUGUCCGACUCCCCGAGCAAACUGCAAAUCAUGUGUUCUGGACUGCUUGAAAACUAUGUGGCAGCCAUGGUGUUGAGUGCCACCGGAGAUGCCCUGGGCUUUAAGAACGGCAAGUGGGAAUUCCUUAGCUGUGGUGAGAAGAUUCACGCGCAACUGGCAGAAAUGGGAGGUGUGGAUAAAAUCAAUGUGGCAGGCUGGCUGGUCAGCGAUGAUACUGUCAUGCACUUGGCUACAGCUGAAGCCCUGACUGCAGCUGGAACAGACCCAGAUUUUACACACCUGUAUGCUCUCCUAGCAAGAAACUAUAGGGACUGCAUGAACGACAUGAGCGGAAGAGCUCCAGGUGACACCUGCAUGCAUUAUGCAUAUCGUUUGAAACCAGAUGAGCCGGAUGGCUGGAAAAUCCCUUUCAAUGCAAGAGGGGGAGGGUGUGGAGCUGCCAUGAGGUCAAUGUGCAUUGGACUACGGUUUCGUCAUCCGGAACAAUUGGAUAGCUUGAUUGAAGUCAGCAUAGAGAGUGGGCGAAUGACUCACCACCAUCCAACAGGCUACCUGGGAUCCCUGGCUUCUGCCCUCUUCACUUCAUAUGCUGUGAAUCGUAAGCCACCUCAGGAGUGGGGGAAGGGGCUGAUGACCAUGCUACCAAAGGCUAAAGCCUAUAUCCAGAAGUCAGCUCACUUUGUGGAAGAGAACUUGCAGCACUGGAACUACUUUGAAAGUAAGUGGAAGAAGUACCUGAAAAUCAGAGGCAUUUCAGAUGGGAAGUCUCAUCCUUCCUUUCCUGAAGAAUACGGUGUGAAACAGAGAGACGAAUUCUAUACUUCUCUGAGUUAUUCCGGCUGGGGAGGCAGCAGUGGUCAUGAUGCUCCCAUGAUUGCUUAUGAUGCCCUUCUUGGUUCUGGGAACAACUGGACUGAGCUAGCCAGUAGAGGCUUCUUCCAUGGGGGAGACAGUGACUCUACAGGGGCCAUUGCUGCAUGCUGGUGGGGAGCAAUGCAUGGCUUCCAAGGGGUCAGUGCAAACAACUAUAGGGAGAUCGAGUACAGAGACCGACUGGAGAAAGUAGCUGGAGACCUUUAUCAUCUCAGUUUGGCUGCAAAGCUUGACUGAAGAAGCCCUUUGGGAUGGCGGAGCAAGAAGAAAUGGCAGAAACCAAAUGCUGAUAGGCUGUCUCAUUCUUUGUCCUUAUGAAGACCACUAUCUAGUCAAAUAUAAGGCUAUGUUGUUUAAAUAGACUCAACAAAAGGCUUUCCCUGGGAAUUAAAAUGUUAAAAUAAU